AUGUCGUCUCUAUAUGCAGACCUGCCACUUCUUCAACCUGACAAGCAAAUUAGAUUGCUUCGACUUGAGCAAUCAUCGUCUGACUGUGAUGACUACAACUUCAGCUUGGCGGUGCAUGACUUUCACGAUGAUGCACGCCCAUCCUACAUUGCCAUUUCCUACACAUGGGGAGAUGCCGUUCCACUUCUUUCAAUCAUCGUGAAUGGUAACAAGAUACGAGUGCAGUUCAAUUGCUGGUAUGCCCUAUGGCAGAUGAGACACCAUGGGUUCACUGAUUAUUUGUGGAUUGAUUCCCUAUGUAUCAAUCAAGAUAAUGAUGAAGAGAAGAAUUUCCAAGUGGCUAUCAUGGGAUCGAUUUAUGAAUGUGCUUUGUGGGUUGCCAGUUGUCUUGGUACUGGUGAGACCAUCGGUGCCAUACAGUCCGCCUUGGCAUCUAAUGAUAAUGAGGCCUUAAUCGCCCGAGUGAAACUGCGAGAAAGAUUUGAUCAAAUACCAUAUUUUGAUAGAAUAUGGAUCAAACAGGAAAUUAUUCUUGCGCACGCUAUAACCAUUUUUUACGGAGUCGAGAAGAUCUCAUGGGAAGACUUUACACUUUUGAUAAACGCAGGGGAGGAUCCAGGGGACAAGGAAAAUGUUGACUAUGACCCCCUUGAAGAUUCGAAUCACUUCCAAGUAUCGAGCAAUUCCAGCGCCGAGAGCCGAGACUUAGAUUUGCAAGUCGAUAAGGCUGGGAAUAAUUCUGGAACUAUACAGCUUUGCAGUCAUCGCUUACAGCCGGAGUUUAGUAAGAACACCUUUAUGGAUCUGGUACUUAGGUACGACAAGGCAAAAGCUACAAAUCCAAGAGAUAAGAUCUAUGCCCUACUCUCACUUCUUCCUAAAGAUGACUUCAUUCGGCAAAACUUACCCAUCGAAUAUGACCAGCGACCGUUCCAAGUCUUUCACAAAAUCGUGAGAUUAUUAUAUAGUACAUACGGAGACGAAGAAGUGGGAAGAAAAAACCUUACUCUAACUCUUGUAAGGAAGUGGCUGGGUAUCGACGAAAAUGAUCAGGAUAUGGCCAUGUAUUUAACUUCGAUUCCAUCUUCACCGUCAGAUUGGCUUCCAUCUUCGACAUCAGACCUGAUUAGUCCUUGGCUUAAAGGGAUGGACCCAUUUGCUAUCGUUUAUAUUGACGAAAUGUACCCUCUACUCGGAAAAGACAAUAUUCAGCCUGGCCCAAGAUUCAGCAUUGAACCCAUGGGGCAUUCACCAGUGGCCCUCCUCCAAAAUAUAACUUCAUGGCGGCCUGACGAAAGCAAGCAGGGCAAGACUGAAACAAAUCUUUCUAUACCGUCACGUCUCAAGACUAUAAAAGUUAUCUCCCAGCUUACAAGGUUCGGAGCAUAUAAUUGGAGAGAGUUCCUAGUCAAUCCGGACGUUAAACCUGGAGAUUUCAUUGCAAGAGUAGUCUGGGAUGGAGAAAGUACUCUUCUAUGGAGCGAAGGCUACAUCAUUUUGCGAAAGAUGAAGACCAUGAACGGAGAUGAAGAAACGGACGAAUUGGAUCACUCUGUGCCGUGUCUAGUCAACAAACGAAAUGAGAAUGAUACCACACAUUUAUUACAGCGCGGAAGCAACGAGACUAUUUCUUACUUCCUCCACAGCUGGGUCGUUCUGGUAGACACAAGCCUCACACUUCUACAUAGUGGAAACCCCUUUAUCGAUCUGUUUAGUGAGCGGCGUAAGAAGUCUGAACAUUUGGGUCAACUAGAACUACAUCAUCGUGAUGCUUUGAUACCCCUGAUUUUGGACCAAAGUCCUCUACAUGCUUUGAUGUAUCCUGCCCCUGAAGGUACAUCCCUUUCAACGAUCCAGUUGGACAAUACCCUAAAAUCUGGGAAUCGAAAGCGACAGUUGAGUUGUUUGUCGAAGCAUGAAGCAGAUUAUGACUAUAUCAGAGAUGUACUGGGGUAA